GCCUAAACAGUGGAAGAAGUGCUGAAAUCAAAGGGACGGAAGUCAUACAUUAUACUCACAAACCUGACAAAAAAACGACUUGGAAGGAAUGAACUCAGAAUGCGGACGAAAGAAGGAACCCCAUAGGCUAUCGUUGACCCCUGUGCAAACGACCAACAUCACUUUUGAUAUCAACAAUAUCGAAUGGUCAAAGCUAGAAAGCAAGUUCAACCAACUUAUGGACUUAAGAAGUAGCUCCACUGCGGGGAUAAGCUCUGCACAGGCAAGGACAGAGCACUGGGACAAUGUUUCAAAUAUCAUUGCUUCCCUUUUGGAACAAGCACUAGUGGAGUGUGGAGCGCUUCUCUUUCAAGGCAAGGCUGAUGCAGCUGAAGCAGCCGGUGUGCAGACCUUGCGGUUGCGCGAACGCUUCUUUGGGCCAAAAGAUCUCGAACUUGUACCCGCCUAUUUUCAUCUUGCGCGUGUGAAGCAGUAUAUGAAGAAGUAUGCGGAAGCGGAAGAAAUGCUUUUACUGGCCCACUUCCUCAUUCUGAAAAACCAAGAAAAAGUAUCGACAACAACAAAGGCAGAGCUACACCAAACCUAUGGAUUACUUUAUGCUUCAGAUGGGAAGCUCGACCCCGCAAUCAAACAUUUGAGCUGCGCCUCAUAUUACUUUAGUUGCAUGUACGGCCCGAAACACGUGCUCACAACUUUUAGUUAUUUCGAUCUAGGCAAUGUAUUCGCUGCCAACUCAAACAUCGAGAGCUCGAUGGCCACAUAUGAUGCCAUUAAGGAAAUCUGGUACGAGCAUUUAGUUGAUGUUUUAAAUGAAAUUAUUCAAAAGAAAAAAGAGUCCGAAAGGUUCAAAAAGUACGAAGAUGAGGAAGAAAUUAGAAAGUUAGUAUACGCUUCUAAGCAAGAAUUCGGAGACGAAAACUUAGCCGUCGCCUCUAAGAUGCUGUAUGGCAUUCACAGUAUCCAAAAGGAACGAUUUCGGGUCUCGCACCCAACCCCGACGCGGUCACAGUUCAUCUUGGGUCUUUUCCUGCUUUGGAUAGAGGACUACGGCGAGGCUGAACUGCAUAUGAUAGAGGCACGAAAGGCGUCACAAGUCUUUUACGGUGAGCGCCAUCCCGUCGUGACGGAGAUUGAGGGCUGGUGUGACAAGUUUGAUAUCAACUAUAUUGAGGAGACGCAGGCCAAAGACGACUCAGAGAGUGAGAACGAUGAGCCGGAAGCCCCUGAGUGA